AUGGGUGGCGAUCAUCCAGAGUUCGGAAACCUGUACCGUAUGAGAAAUAUGAUAUUUUACAAAAUAUCUCCGUAUCAUUUGAAAAUUUUACCUAAAAUUGAUGUCAAAAAAUAUUUUAGAAGGAUAGCGGAAAACACAAUUUACAUGGGCCCACCAUUCCUCGCCACUGUAUUGACGAUGGUUAUAGGGCAAACCCUACACGAUAAAUAUUCAAGAAAGCAACCUGGACAAUUUGAUGAUGAAUGUGAAGAUGAAGUAAAUGAAAAUGAACAAGAACAAGCCGAAAAAUAA